CGGGGCGCGGAGGAGGAGCCGGAGGAGCCGCUGCUGCGGGAGAACCCCCGCCGCUUCGUCGUCUUCCCCAUCCAGUACCACGACAUCUGGCAGAUGUACAAGAAGGCCGAGGCCUCCUUCUGGACGGCGGAGGAGGUGGACCUUUCCAAAGACAUCCAGCACUGGGAGUCCCUGAAGCCUGAGGAGAAGUACUUCAUUUCUCACGUCCUCGCCUUCUUUGCUGCCAGCGAUGGCAUUGUCAAUGAAAACCUGGUAAGUGUUUAUAAAUGCUUUUGCAAACUCUCAUUUACUCAAGAAGUACAAAUCACAGAGGCUCGUUGUUUCUAUGGCUUCCAGAUUGCCAUGGAAAACAUACAUUCAGAAAUGUACAGUCUUCUUAUUGACACCUACAUAAAAGAUUCUAAAGAGAGGGAAUUUCUUUUUAACGCUAUUGAAACAUUACCAUGUGUUAAAAAGAAGGCUGACUGGGCCAUGCGCUGGAUUGGGGACAAGAAAGCAACAUAUGGGGAACGUGUAGUAGCUUUUGCAGCAGUGGAAGGAAUCUUCUUUUCUGGCUCUUUUGCAUCAAUUUUUUGGCUGAAGAAAAGAGGAUUAAUGCCCGGACUCACUUUUUCUAACGAACUCAUCAGCAGAGAUGAGGGCUUGCACUGUGAUUUUGCCUGCCUCAUGUUCAAGCACUUGAUACGCAAACCGUCAGAGGAGAGAGUAAAGGAAAUCAUCAUGAAUGCUGUUCUCAUAGAACAGGAAUUCUUGACGGAGGCACUGCCUGUAAAGCUGAUUGGCAUGAACUGCACUUUAAUGAAACAGUACAUAGAGUUUGUAGCAGACCGGCUUAUGUUGGAACUGGGAUUUAAUAAGAUAUACAAAGCAGAGAAUCCUUUUGACUUCAUGGAAAACAUCUCUCUGGAAGGCAAGACCAAUUUCUUUGAGAAGCGAGUAGGUGAAUAUCAGAGGAUGGGAGUCAUGUCAAAGCCCACAGACAACUCUUUCACCCUGGAUGCAGAAUUUUGAACUGAGAUGAUAUAAGUGUGUAUGCUGCCCUGUUUACAGUGAAACAUUAAAUACAUUGAGUCACAGUGUGACUUGACUCCUGUACUAAAAUCCCACUCUUGAAAAGUGUGGUGAUAUUGGUACUUUUCAGGAGGCUAGUGUAGCUCCAGCAGUAAAAUCCCUUUUUUAGACUUUGCCAAUGGUAUUAAUUCAUAGAAUGUUUAGAUGUAUCUCUUCCAAUGUAUGCUACUCGGUUUUGUGGAAGAUACGGGCACUUUCCUUCUGCAAGAUGGGAGG